GUCACAGACAGAGGCACACCGCAGUCCACUAGCAAAUCGCACACACACACGGCCUUCAAAUGGUCUCGUCUUCUCUUGUGGCCGUCUGCCGGUGAGCCAAGACGGACUCUGCAGAGAGAAACGACGCACAGCAGACAGUCACAUGAAUCGAUGUAUAUGUGUCUGCGCACUGGUGUUCAUUUGGAUGAGUGAGGGGUAGUAAUGGCCGUCAGUGCUCGGGUUGUUCGCCGGCAGGCCGAAAACGAAAUCCUCAUCUGAGCGAUACACACACGUCAAGAGGCAGCUGCUGUUGCCAUCAGCUCGCUGGUGUCGUAAUGCCCAUACCCUUGCUCAGCUGUGGGAAAGCUGCCUGGUUCUCGUUGGCCAUCUGAAUCGUGCUGCUGCCUGCACCGACACACACUUAUCAUGGGGGUUGUGACCGACUCCUUCGUGGCCAUCGAUGUGUAUGUGUCUCGUGACCAUUGGCAGCUGCAGCGCUGGUUUGGACGAGGGAUGAGCCGCCUCCGACACACAUGUGUGUGGUCACACACUGCAUGAGGGGGUUGGGUGCGGCGUCCAUGGCGGGCAGCAAACAGUCGGUCAGCUUGUCCUGGCUGCAGCACCCCGAGUCACCUGGACUGCCCUGGCCGACACAGUACACAAAGGCGAGACACGUACAUGCUCUCAGCGGCGCUGUGUGGCGCCAGCUGCGUACAGAUGAGGAGAAGGUGCCUCCCUGGAAGGCCGCACUUAGCGUCGCCUUGAUCUGGAGCAGCUGAUUGCGGCGACUCUCCUGAGCAAAGCAUGCCACAGUCACAUCUGCACCAUCUAUAUAUGGUGCGCUCCUGAAAUAUCUGACAAUCUCGGCUUUGAUGGCGUUCUGCUGGGCGGCGGCCUCUCUCUCGUGCUGUUGCUGCACGCAGUAAGACGCACGGAGGAGGGAUGAUGGGCUCGCCACCCGCUUUGCCCCCUACGGUGUCUCUUUGGAUUUGGGCGAGGGCGUCGUGGCACCGCUGGAUGGCCUUCCGCAGGUUGGCCUCCAUCGUGGCCAAAGCCGACAUCGUCAAAAUCUCCUGCACGCAUCCGACGGGAGGGCACCCAUAGGAAGAGUUGUCUUGUGGUCCUUCCUCCCCUGCUUACGUGUGCAUCAGUGGCGACUUUCCUCUGAGAUGUGGCGAGAAUCUUCUGGAGGUGCGCCACUGCAGCGUCGCAGCGGGCCGUGGCCUUGCGGAGAGCCGUCUCCGCACACAACAGCUGACGAACACACACAGAAGACUGAUGCUUUGCCUGCCUGUCUGCCUGUCUGUCUGCUUGCUGGGGCUCUCACCGACCAGGUGCUUUUCGACGAGCGUCUGCACCUGAUGCACUGCACCGUAGAGAGCAAAUGACAGUAAGGCAAGGACGUAUCCUUUCUCUCCGUUCUCUGCGUUCCUUACCGAGGUCGUAACUUCCUGGCUGCUGCAUGGCCAGCAUGGAGACGGCCGUCCCAUUUCUGUCCGGUGCUCCUGCUGCUGGUGUCUGUCUGUGGGUCUCGAGCACGUGCAGGACGUCCUUGGCGGCAUUGUGGGCCGACUCGUGGAGGAAUGCGGGGUCGACACUGAGCCCCGACUGCUCCAGAUGAUUGCUCAUCUCAGUGAAGGCCGACGAGAGGAUGUCAUGCGUUCUGUCGAAGUCAUGGGCCAGGAGGGAGGCGGCUGAUGACGCUGUGAGUAGGAGGAGGACAGCGGAGAGAUGCUGCAUGGUGAGAGAGAGAGGAUGGACGGGAUGACGGGCGGCACGCUGCUCAAGGGAGGCCGGGCUGGCUUGGAGGGGGAUGAAACGGGAUGGAUGGGAUGAUGGGAUGUG